AGCUUCCAGCCGGAGCAAGUUAUCGAAACGCUCUCCAGGAACAUCACGGAGUUUCGUUUUGAUGACGAGAGCGGUAUCACCUUCAGAGCGUGGUUCUCACGCUACGAUGAGCUUUUUAAGAAAGAUGCUGCCCGUAUCCAUGAUGCAGCGAAGGUGCGUCUGCUGCUACGCAAGCUAGGUCCCAUGGAGCACGACAGGUAUUUAUCCUUUAUUCUACCUGCGCGCGCGAGUGAUUUUCAAUUUGAGGAAACGAUAUUAAAGCUCGAAACGUUAUUCGAUACGCGGGAAUCGUUGCUAAGUAAGCGUUUUAAGUGCCUACAAUUAUGUAAGAAAAGCAGUGAGGACCAUCUUACGUUUGCGUGCCGGCUCAACAAAGCGUGCGUAGAUUUUGAGCUUAACAAAAUGGGCGAGGAGCAACUAAAGUGUUUGCUUUUUGUGUGCGGUCUAAAAGACGAAACUGAUAAAGAUAUGAGAACUAGGAUGCUAGCACGCAUUGAGGAUAAGCCAGAUGUAACUUUACAAAAAUUAUCUGCCGAGGGCCAUAGGGUCAUAAACCUAAAACGAGACAGUGCGAUGAUUGAAUCGAAUGCUCAGGAUAGUAAUGUAUUUGCCGUGCAGUCUCGGGACAGCGGUUCCAACGCUCGCAACCAGUGCAACCUAGAAGGCCCAGGUACCUUUGUUUCAAGUGUGGUGAGCAACACUGGGUUAGCGAGUAUCCAUUUCGCUACAAUAAGUGCAGUGAUUGCAAACGUUUUGGUCACAAAGACGGUUAUUGCAACCCAGAGGAGAAUCAGUUUCAGAAUUUUAAGUGUAAAAAGGAUUCAGGAUAGAAUGGUCGGCAUGUUUCUAAAACUAACGUUAUCACAGUGUAUGUGGCGCACCGUCGUUUCGUGGAUGUUAAGCUUAACGACACUCCAGUCCGUCUCCAAUUGGACACAGCCUCUGAUAUAACUAUUAUAAAUCGAGAGACAUGGCAACAUAUUGGAAGUCGUAGUUUGGCACCAUCGUCAGUUCUAACGAAAAAUGCUUCAGGGUGACGGUUGGCAAUUGAUGGUGAAUUUGUGUGUACCGUGAACUUAGGUGAACAUACAGUGCAGGCGACAAUACGGGUUACAGAAAUUAACCUGAUGCUUCUUGGCGCAGAUUUGGUUGAUGUUUUGAAGCUAGGUUCAAUUCCAAUGGAUGCAUGUUCAAGCCAAUUAAUGAUUAAUAAGCAUAAACAUCCAGAAGGUAUGAUCGCCAAUGAGCAGAUAGAUGAUGAUUUAAAGUAUGUAGCAAACGAUUAUUUAAACGCAAUUCCGAUGGUUCAUGAGGAAAUUGCCGAUGCUACGCGUAGAGAUACAAUACUUAGCAGAUUAUACGAUUAUGUAAAGAAUGGCUGGCCGUUUGAAAUUCCAUUUAACAAAGAGCUUGAAAGUUUUUACAACGUUAAAGAUGGCUUAACUAUAGAAAAAGGGUGCAUAAUAUUUGGAGCGAGAGAAGUAAUACCAAAUGCACUACAGAAGCGAUGCCUUGACCAGCUGCAUAAGGGUCAUCCAGGCAUAAUUAAUAUGAAAGCAAAAGCACGUUGUUGCAUUUACUGGCCAUUAAUAGAAACAUACAUAGUUAAGGUGGUUAACAAUUGUAAUACAUGUCAGGUCGCAGUAAAAGCAUUAUCAAAAGACCAAAUCAUAAAUUGGCCAAAGUCACUUUUAAUUAAACCUAGUUAUGCGGAGAUUAAACCGAUCGAUGUUACACCGAGGUUGCAUGUAGGCGAAUUGAUAUAUAUGAAAUAUUUCAUGCAAAAUAAUUAUAUAUGGAUUUCCGGCAAAGUAACUAAACAUAUAGGAAAUGUUAGGUAUGAGAUCAAUACUGGUGAUAGCCGUAGGUAUAGACGGCGUAUAAAUCAACUACGAAAGUGUAAUCCGACCAAUGAUCAGGAAAAAUACUAAACUGCCAUUAGAUAUACAGUGGAGCGCCGUUUAUCCGGGCUUCUCGGGACUGGACCUCGACCGGAUAAGCGAAUAACACGGAUAAUGAGUCAAAUGAUAUAUUUUAUCAUCAAUUUCUGAUUAGUUCUUUAAAAAAUUCCUAUUUUUUGAUAAAAAUAACCCAGUUUUUAUUAACUUCAUGUUUUUCCCAUGAGAAUAUUUGAAAUUUGCCAUUAAUUAUAGUGUUUUUUGUUAUGAUAAUGUGCUCUUAUAACCGCUUUUUUAAAUACCCUCCUCAUAACGCAAUGUCACCUUUGUAUUGAACUGUCAUUUCUCAACAGCACGGAUAAACGGAAAGCCGGAUAAAAGGUACCCGGAUAAACGGCGCUCCACUGUACUAUCGCGGCAAAGUCAUACUAGCCCGCAGUGCAAAGCGAUCGAAAAAUACACUGGAUUUGACAUAUUUCACUCUAUCGUUCUCCUUUCCUCCUAUGGUUGAGGCUUCGAGCAGGGUAUCGAGCUACCCCUUCCUCAAGCCUCUUCGUUUCCCUUGGCCCAUAGCUGUGAAAUAUUUCGCUGCGUUGACGUUCGAAACAACCGUCAGCCGUAGCGCUGUCACUUUUCAACGAAGACUGUCUCUUUCUAACUUUAAAAUGUUUUCAAUGGCAGUUGCGGCUCUUGCAAAAAAAAACAUAAACAAAUUGUUCUAGAGUGCUCAGCUGUCCAGUUGCAAAUUUCCGCAGAUUUUGGUGUGAAAAUGGCCUCGAAACGGGACUUUGAUUGCGGUAGGGUGCAACACGCCAGUGCCCGCAACCGUAAGCGCCGUUUGCAGCAGUUGGAGUGGGAACGUUGGCUAGCAGAACAGCCGGAACCAUCCAAUGCCGCUAACCGAGCGAGUGCCCUGCAAGGGAAUGACGCUGGACCGGGCCCUUCACUUCAAGGAUAUGAAGCCGGAACGGAACCGAUGGAAGUGGCCGACAAUCCCCAACCGCAGAGUGACAGCGAUGACGACAGUGUGGUUGCUGAAAGCAUCGGUGGGGACAGUGUUCCCGACGACAGCGAUCCCGGCAUCGGCGCCAGAUAGUCCGUUCGGAUCAUUGUCCUAUGAGGACGGGUUGAGGCUGUGGGCACUGAAAACCGGCCAAACACACAGUGCCUUAAACCUCUUGCUGGGGCAUUUGAGGCAGCACGAUCCGGGCAGGAAAUUGCCACGGGAUGCACGGACGUUCCUGAACACGCCCGUGGCAAGAUCCACACAGUCCGCGAUUACCCCCCCUCUGGUGGAGAGAUAUGGUACCAGGGCAUAGAAACAUGCAUUCGGUCCUAUUUUCGUUUUCUUUCCAUUGCAGAUACACGCAGCCUGCCGUAGAGCGCUUUGAGAUAGACUUUUUUGUGGACGGUCUUCCGCUUUACAAAAGCAGUCGGACAAUAUUCUGGCCCAUCCUCAUGGGCAUCCACAACCUGCCUAAUGCCCCGGUGAUGACGGUUGCGAUUUUUUGCGGCGAGUCAAAACCGUUAUACGCCGAGGAAUAUUCAGGACAGUUUGUGGAUGAAAUGAACGAGCUGCAGCGUGUUGGGAUAUGGAUCGGCAAACGGCAUUACACUGUGCACCUGCGAAGUAUCAUAGCAGAUUCUCUGGCGCGUGCAUUCAUCAAAGGUGUUAAAUCGCACAACGCAUACAGCGCCUGUAUGAAGUGCACCAUCAUUACGGAAAGGGACGGCAAUCGCGUAUACUUUCCGUAUGGGGCGCCUUGCGAAUCGCGCUUACAUGGUCUGCAUGGUGCAGACAAAUAUCCGGACCAUAAGAUUCACAUGACACCCCUUGUAAGGCUCCACAAAUGUGACAUCAUAUGUGACAUUGUGGUUGCCGAGGCCAUGCACCUUUUUUACAAGGGUGUCAUGUGCAAAUUGUUGAUAUUGUGGACGGAAGGGUUCCGUGACCUGGGCUGUAAGAUGACGCGACGGCAGCAACGUGAAUUGUCGGCACACCUGCGUUCAUUGAAACUGCCCUCAGAUUUCCAACGGAAACUGCGCGAACUGCAAUACGUCAAACUUUGGAAAGCUUCUGAGUUUAAGAUGUUAUUGCUUGUCGCCGGUUUUGUGGUACUGAAGGGCAGAAUUAAUAAUGUGGCGUAUCACUUCAUGUUGCUGUUCGUCGCCGUUACCUUACUAUCCACCUCCUACCAUCGUGCGAAAUAGGAACUGGCCAAUACACUGUUGCAUCGUUUUGUGAAAGACUAUGGAACAGUUUAUAGUCCAGUGCUGUUAAACAGCAAUGUGCAUAAUUUGCUUCACGUAUACGAAGAUGUCCAUAGAUUUGGCGAGCUGCGCACCAUAUCUGCGGAAAAGUACGAAGCAAAGUUGCACGAUAUAAAGCAGCUGGUGCAUUCAGGGAGGAACAGCUUGGUUCAAGCGGCCAAUCGCCUGCAAGAACUGUGGCAAGUGGAAUAUGCCAGGCCAGGAUGCAGUUCGGCAGGUCGAGAAGAGCAAUCGGUGCGCCCGGUUGGUAGCGAUACAGUUGCUACUGUCCGGCAUGGUUUCAUGCUGCGGAACAAACUUCCGCGACCAAUGGUGCAUGACUAACUUGGGUGAUGUGGUCAUGUACGAAACGGCCUCAAAAUCUGGACCAAACGUGACCGUGCAUGGGUACACGUUUUCAAACCAAGUGUCCGCUUUUACCGAACCCUGCUCCUCAGCAGACCUAAACAUUUAUGCGGCCAUUAUGGACGAUUUGGACACCGUCACACUGCAGCAUUUUCCCAGCACGUUGCUGUGUAAGCUGGCUGCAGUGGAAACUGAAAAUCCGGGAGAGUAUGUGUUUGUUCCUUUGCCCCACACUUACCUGCAAUAAAACUAUUGAAACUGCAAACACAAAA